ACAAGUAUGGAGCAUGACAGAGUUCAGUGGCUGUGUUUAUGAAUUAUCCUUGCUAGUGAUUAAUGAUUAUCACUAGUUAAUUGAUAUCGUUUUUGAGACUUCGUGCCGUAAGCAGAGUGGUCGUUCCUGCGUGCGCGGUCGCCCGCCGCCGCCGUCGUCGUCGUAGCGAUGUCGUCGCCGAUGAUGGAGUCGUUUUGCUGCAGCUAUUCGAGCAACAUCUCGUACGUGUCUCCGAUACACGACCCGCUCAUGGUGCGCGACUGGUACAACAUCGUCUGCAUUGUCUCAUCCACCAUCAGCAUCGCAGGAGCGCUGUUCCAGGUGUGGCCGCGUUACGAAUCCGAGAUCGCGAAGGCUAGGAAGGAAGCGAACCCGAACGCACACGAACUCAGCAUCGUUCACUGGCUGGCCGUCGCCGACCUACUCGCAGCAUUCGGUAUUCUGAUGCGGUCGGUGGCGUGGCUGACCAUGCCGGACACCGGCUCCCCCUCCCUCGCCCCGAGCGACGGCCUCCUCCAAGGAACCAUGGUCUUCCCCGACGGAGACGUGUUCUGCGCGAUCGUGUCGGCAUGGAUUCAUUUUUUCUACAUGUCCACCUACCUGUGGACGUUCAUAUAUGCCUUUGAUGUGUUUCUCAGCUUCAAGCAACGAAAAGGGAGCAUGCUGUUCUACCACUUCGUCGUGUGGGGCACGUGCACAGCUCUGUGCAUCGGCGGCCUAGUGCCUCUCUACUACCCGAGCAUCCGCAGCUGUGGGCACGAGCGAUGGAACCUACUGCCGCACUACGUGACCGGUCUCGCUCCUAUACUGUUCGUGAUGGCAGUCAACCCAGUGCUCUACCUCAUCUCAUCACUGUCAGUGAAGACACUUCUGACGGCGAAUCUGGCGAAAUACACCGAGCAGGAACGGCGCGUCGUCGCAGCCGUCCGUGAAAAAUUCAUCCUCGUCCUCGCCGUCUUCUUCAUCUGCUGGACUCCUAAUGUGAUCAAUGGAGCAUUGAUGUGGAGUGCUUUGGUGAAGUACCACAGAAAACACGUGUUUAUGCAGAAACUCUACGAAUGCUGGCUUGCGAUCUGGUUCAUGAUGGCGAUUCUCAACCCGCUACAGGCGUUUCUCAACGUGCUCGUCUACAGCGGCUGGCGCAGCUGGCGCCACCUGCAGUGUCCGUGCGCACGGAAGCGUGCGACGCCCGUCCGCAUUCUUGCCGACUCGCUGCUUCGCGACGAGACGUCCAUGCUGAGCGCAAGCUUCGGUAGCGCUCCCGCGUAUGGGAGCUCUAGUACUGAGGUGCCCAACACCCUCACCCUAUAAUAGUAGGGAGAGAACACCCUCACCCUGUGAUGGUAGAGAGAGGAACCCUUCACCCUAUAAUAGUAGAGAGAGGAACCCCUCACCCUAUGAUGGUAGAGAGAGGAACCCCUCACCCUAUGAUAGUAGGGAGAGAAUUCCUUCAUCGUAUCGUGAUAGGUGGCGCCCUCUCGUUUGCGUUUAUCGUCUUAUUCCCAAGCGGACAAGCAACUUAUUGGUUUGUGAAUUCCGGUGAACAUGCGAUACCGGUGCGAACAGUAUGAAGCUCUGUGGUUCCUGCUGAAAUCUUAUUGGUUCGUGAAGUCCCAUGACCAUGCGGCACCGGUGUAUAUGGCGUGUAAGGUGUUUUAUGUAUGCCGAAAUAUUAUUGGUUUUAAAAGUAGGGUGAUGUCACUUAGCUGCUGCUUGUAUUCCAAACAUUCUGCAAAAACCCGUGGAAUCUUAGCUGAAAAGCUUUAUAUGCAGGUGUUUAAUUGUUUUAUUAGAUAGGUAUAGUGAUUAGUAUAUAUAUAUCGUAGGGUAGUUUUGUAUGUUCUUAUUGAGAUUCUUAAAAAGGAUUAUAUGUUAUGUAGGUGUUUAAUUGAUGUAUUAGAGAAGUAGUACA